AUGAUGUUGUAAUAAAAGACAUUCGAAUUGUAUCCAUUAACUAACCUAACAACAACAUAAAGAAGUAGCUCUGUACACGUGCGUCAAACUUCAACAUAUUAGCAGAUUUACAUAGGUGUAUGGAAACUCCUUCGAAGCGGAUACAAUUCAUGCCGUUAAACCGUUACAACGAGAGAUCUACCAACAGAGAACGAUCCAAGUUCAACCAAGUUAACGUCACGAAGAAAUCAACUACACCAAAAAGGAAAUCAUAGGACUUUGUUAGGCUAAGAGAAAAUGGCAGUGAAAUAUCCGACCGAUUGGGACAUUAAUCAGUAUUACGACGAGACGGAGCCUCGACAGCACUGGGAACUUCGGAGGGAGUUCAUGGUCAAACACAAAGGACAAUUCUCGGAGGAUUAUCUGGUUUCGCUGGGGAGAACUUUCAUCAACAUCGAGAUGAUGGGAUGCGUAUAUCCGGUGGAAGUGAUGGACCGCAUCGCGCACAUGUCUGAGGAUAUCGCUGCGGCCUAUAGGGAUUCUAAGAAGUACAAGCUGCAGAGGACUUUUGUGAGUGCCAAAGAUGCGGCCGAGACAAAGUAUGGAGGUAACCGUCCAAAUCCCAACAUCGAUGCAAAUCAGCAUCUGCAGAAAUUCAGUUCAAUGAAUUUGUGAAAAAAUCUACAUUUCUUUUAUACACAUUUUAAUAAGACAAAUUUUAAUUAAUUAA